AUGCUAUUGAUGCCAUUACUCUCUCAUAUUGCUAUCCGCCUCUUGUUCCGUCUUUUUGCUCGUAGCUGGCACAUUUUCUUCUACAUCAUUGCAUUUUUCCUCCUGUGCCUUACCGUGUUUCGUAAUCAGGAACCUCGUACCCUUCAUACGCUCAGUGUCUCAGGCUACAUAUCUUCUUUGCUGUAUGCAAAUCUAUCUGACUCACGUUUCACGACGUCUUUCGCACGUGAGCUGAAGCGAUCAGAUUUGUGUAGCCGCAAGACAUCCUGUGCCGAUUAUCAGAUUUCUCGCUCCGCUCAUUGUCGGGAUAUUCUCCCUGAGCCUAGAGUUCACCUCACGAGCCCUUCAUCUGCUCCUGCCGAAAUCACCUGCAUAUCUACGGCGUAUGAUGGGGUAAUGAAUGAUAGAUUUGGACUUGCUGAUAAAUUGCAAGUCGAAAUUCGCAAAGGAGUAAAACAGAAAGCUGUUUGA